CAUUGCCGCCUAUCGUCGACAUCAUGUUCUGGCCUUAUCCGUGAGUCGAGAGGCUGCGGCUUGGGUUACGACUUCACCAUGGCAGAAGAUGGGCCCCGGACGGAGGAAAUCUUGCCCAUCGCCGCGCAAGGUGAUCUUCUCCUCCGAGUCGAGUAUGGCACCGCCGACUCGCCGGCUAUCUAUUCGUUCCGGGUCGAUUCGUCUGUACUGAAGAGCCAUUCCAAGUACUUUGAUCGCCUGCUCCAGAACGAUCGAUUCAGCGAGGGUACUGCUAUUCGCGUGCAGCAUGACCGGCUAGUGGAGCAAUAUGGUCAGCUCACAGCCGCCCCGUCUUCCGAGCUGCCCGCCAUUACAAUUGUAGACGUCGGGCGGAUCUCUGCCGUGCGGGCUAUCGAUGCGCUCGUGUCCGACUUUCUUUCAAUACUCCACGGCGACGAAAUUCAGGCCUCUCCGCCUGUUCCCAAUCUCGCCAACCUGGCGAUCGUUGCCGACAGAUUCGAUGCUUUGGACGUCGUCAAGAGCUACGUGAAGAGGAAGAAGAUACUGAGGGCGCUGGAUGGGAAGACAACGGCAAAGGUUGAUGCGGGGCUGAGUGAAGAGAAGGUCCGACAGCGCUUGCUGGUUGCCAUAUACUUUGACUACCCGCCCUGGUUGGAGAAAUACAGUGCCCGACUGAUCAUCAAGGGCUGGGUGGGGAACGAGAUGGACACAUCCAGUCCUUUGUGGUGGGACCUGCCUUCACGGGUCGAAGAGGAGCUCAUGGUCCGGCGUGACGCCGUCCUCAACACCAUACAAUCUGUUCAAGCACAUUUCUUGACGUUGUAUACGUCCCGCCAGCAGCGCUGUCGACUCGGCUACGAGAAUUCGGUACAGUGCGACUCCUUCCAGUUGGGCGAGAUGAUUCGCUUCUUUACGCGCAUUGGUACUCUUGAUCUUCAAGGGACGCUUCUACCGACGAACGAUCCGGCGGUGCCCUACACCGGAGACAUCAACACCCUGCUAGAGAGCAUGCGACAGAUUCCGGAGUAUCAAAUUGAUCGCUUCCAUACGCACUGCGGGAUUCGGACAGGCUUGCUACCCAUCCUCAGCGUGCUCGAAGCAUAUCUCCAACGGAUCGGAAUUUGUGCCGAGUGCUGGCAGGAGGGCCGGAGAGAGUACUCGUGGUUGGAGCAGAAGCCAGCGUUUAUUUGGAAAAGGCAGGAUUUACAGUCCAAGUUUCAAGGGCAUGGCAAUCGCCAUUCUGCCGUUCGGGAGCUGUUCACCGCGGCGGAGAGGCACUGGACUUGAAUGAUGAGAAUCACGCUCUGUUCCUGCCACUCUAUCGUUUAAUGUUUAUGGAUAGGUCCCUGUUGUACAGCCAUAAUACAUCCCAAACGACUCAUGCCACCGAGAAUCCGAUCACUUUGCAAUUUCGACGCCGCCCACGGCUCCGAUCACCCUGGGGAGAAUGUCAGUAAUUGUGAUGAGAUUCGGGGGGGAGGGAGGAGGGGGUACCUCUUGAUGUCGCCGUAGAUGGCGAAUUGACCAGCGGUGAGAGUACCGACCUGUGGACACAUAUGUUAGCCGUAUGCCAGAUGAGAACGCAUUCAAUGUCCCUUACCAUGACCAGACGCGCUCCCAA